UGCACAUUGCUUUUGGAACUCCUCGUUCGCCGGCAGUCAGGAGGUGCACACGGUCUUCGUCCGACGCCUGAACUUUUCCACGUCUACGAAAUCCGUCAGGAUGAGCGACAGGAAGGCAGUCAUCAAGAAUGCGGACAUGUCCGAGGAGAUGCAGCAGGAUGCGGUGGACGUCGCCACCCAGGCCCUGGAGAAGUACAACAUCGAGAAGGACAUAGCGGCCUACAUCAAGAAGGAGUUUGACAAGAAGUACAACCCCACCUGGCACUGCAUCGUGGGGCGCAACUUUGGAUCCUACGUCACCCACGAGACAAAGCACUUCAUCUACUUCUACCUCGGCCAGGUGGCCAUCCUGCUCUUCAAGUCUGGCUGAGCCAGCGGAAAGGACGGUACGGUCGGCAGGGAAUGGAUUAGCUCAAGGGGGACAAAGGACUGGAUGCAUCGAACACUCUGCAAAAAAAAUUGUGACUCGACUGAACAUUUUCAAAAAAUGCAAUCGCAGAUGAUGAAAGCUGGUGCUUUUCGCAAAUAGGGGCAAGAGAUGUUGACCUGUUUCCGCUUCCUGCGGCAAAAGUGUGCGUGCUGCACCCCCGUCAAGUUCUCUCUUCUCAUCUUGUAACACGGCUUUUACAAUUGUUUGCUGCACAAGAGAAAUGAAAUUGUCCUGUCCCAGAAACCCUGCCUUGAGGGCUGCUGUAAAUCUGCUUCUGCUGCUGUCUUUUCUCUCGCACAAAAUGUACUACUCUGCUGUCAUGAUAUAAUGCUGCUCAUCGUAGGCAGCCCCCCUUUCAGGUUCAUUCCCUGACCUCCUCCUCCCCCCCCCCUCCUUUUUUUUUUGAAAGUUCAAAACUUGUUGCUGCUAAGACUAGGAGUCCCCCCCCCCCCCCCCCCCCUUUUUUUUGGCAUUUACUACACACUGAUAAACUUCAUCACUUCAUUUUGUUAGCUGUUAAAAAUGCUAUGGUUGUUCACACAAUUUUUUUUUGUUCAGUGUUCCAUCACUUAGUUUUCCUAUCUUGUACAGCAGCUUACACAAGUCAACUGUGUGUGUGUGUAUGUGUGUGUAAAUGGCAUAAUAAAUUUUACUUCCAGAGUUCUUGUUCUAAAAA